CCCUGCGGGCGUGCGGCGGUGGCCGGCGGUCCCGUCAGAGAGGCCCGGGCGCGCGGGGCGGAGUCGACGCGGCAUUCGCGGGCGCCCGCCUCGGCCGGGAGGGUAGCGCUGCGCGGCAGGGCGAUGAGCGGCGCCCGGGACGAGGGCCCGGAGGCCGGCGCGGGCCGGGCCGGGGGUCGUCCGGCGCCCGAGCCCGGCGAGCCGUCCGGCGGCGCGCUGAGCGUGGACGUGCCGGGGCUGCUGGCGCAGUUGGCGCGCAGCUUCGCGCUGCUGCUGCCCGUGUACGCUCUCGGCUACCUGGGGCUGAGCUUCAGCUGGGUGCUUCUGGCGCUCGGGCUGCUUGCCUGGUGCCGCCGCCACCGCGGUCUCAAGGAGAGUCGCCUGUGCCGCGCGCUGGCGCUGCUGGAGGACGAGGAACGCGCCGUGCGCCGGGGGGUGCGCGCCUGCGACCUGCCGGCCUGGGUUCAUUUUCCAGACACUGAAAGAGCAGAAUGGCUAAAUAAGACUGUAAAACACAUGUGGCCUUUUAUUUGCCAGUUUAUAGAGAAGUUGUUUCGAGAAACCAUAGAACCAGCCGUGCGGGGAGCAAAUACCCACCUUAGCACCUUUAGUUUCACGAAGGUUGACAUGGGUCAGCAGCCCAUCAGGAUCAAUGGUGUUAAGGUGUAUACCGAAAAUGUAGAUAAAAGGCAAAUUAUUCUGGACCUUCAGAUUAGUUUUGUAGGAAAUUGUGAGAUUGAUUUGGAGAUCAAACGAUAUUUUUGUAGAGCUGGUGUGAAAAGUAUACAGAUUCAUGGUACAAUGCGGGUGAUCCUGGAACCACUGAUUGGAGACAUGCCCUUAGUCGGAGCUUUGUCUGUCUUCUUCCUUAGGAAACCACUUUUAGAAAUUAACUGGACAGGACUGACUAAUCUUCUGGAUAUCCCUGGAUUGAAUGGGUUAUCAGAUACUAUCAUUUUGGAUAUAAUAUCAAACCAUCUGGUGCUUCCCAAUCGAAUCACCGUUCCUCUUGUCAGUGAAAUUCAAAUAGCUCAGUUGCGGUUUCCUGUACCAAAGGGUGUUCUAAGGAUACAUUUUAUUGAAGCUCAGGAUCUUCAGGGGAAAGAUACUUAUCUUAAGGGACUUGUCAAGGGAAAGUCAGACCCCUAUGGAAUUAUUCGAGUUGGCAACCAAAUCUUCCAAAGCAAGGUUAUCAAAGAGAACCUUAGUCCAAAGUGGAACGAAGUGUUCGAGGCUUUAGUCUAUGAACAUCCUGGACAAGAAUUAGAGAUUGAGCUCUUUGAUGAAGACCCAGACAAGGAUGACUUUUUAGGAAGUCUUAUGAUUGAUCUUAUUGAAGUUGAAAAGGAGCGCCUUUUAGAUGAAUGGUUCACUCUGGACGAGGUUCCCAAAGGAAAGCUACACUUGAAACUGGAGUGGCUGACAUUAAUGCCAAAUGCUUCAAACCUCGAUAAGGUGCUGGCAGGCAUCAGAGCUGACAAAGACCAAGCCAAUGAUGGUCUUUCUUCUGCAUUGCUGAUCUUGUAUUUGGAUUCAGCAAGGAACCUUCCGAGUAUCUACGAGGGAAACUUUGGGUGUGGCUACUUAAAAGAGAGGCGAGCGUCGGGACUAGUGUUUUGUGAAAAUACUACCUCAGUCUAUAGAGCACUAUUUUCAGGAAAGAAAAUAAACAGCAACCCAAAUCCUCUUGUACAAAUGUCGGUUGGGCACAAGGCUCAAGAGAGUAAGAUUCGGUACAAAACCAAUGAACCUGUGUGGGAGGAAAACUUCACCUUCUUCAUUCACAAUCCUAAGCGCCAGGACCUUGAAGUCGAGGUCAAAGAUGAACAGCAUCAGUGUUGUCUGGGGAACCUGAAGAUCCCCCUCAGUCAGUUGCUCACAAGUGACGACAUGACCUUGAAUCAGCGAUUCCACCUCAGUAACUCGGGUCCAAACAGCACAAUAAAAAUGAAGCUUGCCCUCAGGGUACUCCAUCUCGAAAAGCAGGAAAGGCCUCCAGACCACCAACAUUCAGCUCAAGUAAAACGACCCUCUGUUUCCAAAGAAGGGAGGAAAACAUCUGUCAAAUCUCAGAUGUCUGCAUCUCCUGGCACUGGUGGCAGCAACACAGCUCCGUCCACACCUAUCAUUGGGGACAGGGAUAAGCAUGGUGUAGAAGAGAAAACCCAGCCCACUGACGCUAGCCCUCAGGGCCCGCGGGACCUGGGCAAAAGCUCCUCCAGCCUCCUGGCCUCCCCGAGCCACAUCUCUGUCAAGGAGCCCACCCCUAGCAUCGCAUCCGACAUAUCACUGCCCAUCGCCACCCAGGAGCUGCGGCAAAGGCUGAGACAGCUUGAAAACGGGACGACCCUGGGACAGUCUCCCUUGGGGCAGAUCCAGCUGACGAUCCGGCAUAGCUCGCAGAGAAACAAGCUCAUCGUGGUCGUGCACUCCUGCAGAAAUCUCAUUGCCUUCUCUGAAGACGGCUCCGAUCCAUAUGUCCGCAUGUAUUUAUUACCAGAUAAGAGGAGGUCAGGAAGGAGGAAAACACAUGUGUCAAAGAAGACAUUAAAUCCAGUGUUCGAUCAAAGCUUUGACUUUAGUGUUUCAUUACCGGAAGUGCAGAGGAGAACGCUGGACGUAGCAGUGAAGAACAGUGGUGGCUUCCUGUCCAAAGACAAAGGGCUUCUUGGCAAGGUAUUGGUUACUCUGGCAUCUGAAGAACUUGCCAAAGGCUGGACCCAGUGGUAUGACCUCACGGAAGACGGGGCGAGGCCACAGGUGAUGACGUAGCCACACUGGCGUGAGGCAGCCUGCUCAGUGUCUCUUCCCCACCUCUCCUCGCACACAUCCCCUCACAGACGAACCAAUGUUAUUUUUAUAAUUUCAUGUAUUUUUAGUUAUACAUACCUUAUUAAGUUUUAUAAAACUGUUGCCAUUUUAGGCAAAUUUGGCCAAUAUUAUUGUUAAAUUUUGUAUGUUGAAUUUCCUCUAGUAUUUCACCAGUUAUUACAACGUGCGGUAGGAUAGUAGUUAAUUAUUAUGUAUGUAAAACUCUGUCAGUCGUAUCUGCUAGGAAGCAGAUAUAUGUACGUGCUUUAUUAUUGCCUUGUUUUAUAUAUCACUGAGCUGCACUAUGCCAUGUAAAUAGACUCUAUUUUUUAUAAUCUCUACAUACUGGUUUGAAUUGAGAAGAAAAUGGAUCAAGGAAAUAUGUAUUUUCUUCUAAAACUUAUUAAAUUCUUGUGACAAAUAAUCAUUUUCAUCUUUGCAGCAAAAAGUUCUCAGUGAUCUAUUUUGUGUUUUCUUUUUAAAAAGAAAAACUGAAAGAUUAUUAAAUGUUAGUAUAUUUCUGCCCAUAAGUGAUAAAAAGAAGUAUUCAAAAUAUUAACAUUUUCAUAGGUACAAAGAUAUAUUAUUGAGAAGUUAGUUGAAGGGCUUAUGAGGAGAAGUGUUUUAUAACUGAGUCAUAUAAAAUAUUAAGAGAAUUAUCAUGAUUCAUAAAUCACUGUAUACUAAUCUGAAAUUUCUUGCAUAAAAAUGAAAUGUCUUAAGUUUAUUUUUAAUUGCUUGUUGUAACUUAUUCAUGCAAGAGUGCACAGAUACAUGUGUCAUACUUUUCCUGAAAUAUAGGAACAGACUUUAGCAGUUAAGCUGUGGUAUAGUACUCGGUCAUGAGCUUUGUCAAUUGUCAGUGCUUCUCCAGCCUGUAAAGAAAAAAAGGUGCACGUUGUCAUUACAGAGGUUGCUGGAGAGAUCAGGAAGAGUAGAUAGGUUAUGGCAUUAAAAACUGACAGCUCGCUCACUGGCCUGUGAAUGUGAGGAGAACCUAGCUCUCCUCCUGCGUUGGACACAGCAUCUUUGAACAGGAGCUUUGUGAUAUCCACCAUCAGGACCGGAGGGACCCCACACAGCAGGGCAGCUGUCGGUUUUAAAUAAUCAUUUCCUGGGUUUCCUCACUUUACUCCAUGACUGACCUUAAUAUUGGGAUAUUGUGACACAAUUUUUAUUUUGGAAUCUGUUUUUCUUUUUAGAUUAUUAAAGGCAUGUUGUAUAUACUCAAGAGUCCCCAAACCCUCUUGUGAAGUGAGGCUGUAUAGCAGCAUCAUGAGCUAUGCAAGUCUAUAAACAAAGAGUACACAUAUGCAGAAAGAUUUUUAAAUGUAUAUUUUAAGCUGUAUGAUGAAAAUGACUUCCUUAACCAUGUGAACAUUUUCAAACUAUGUAUAAAUAUAUUGGAGAACAUAUAGCUUUGUAAUUGGAUUUGGAGACCUACCUUAACUCAUUUCAUGGAACUGAACAACUCACGGAUAACUCACUUGACCAAACAUACCAAAGUGCCUGUGGUGGAUGCCAUUGUUACUUCUGCACACGCCCCCUCCAGCAGAUUUCAGUUUUGUUUCAGUCUGUAACUUACACUUGAGCCAUGGGUUUGUUUAUCGUGGAGUCUGUAGACCAGUGUAUCUCAGUGUCUCCUACUUAACACUUCACUCGGAAGCCUCUUUAUAGACCAUUUCCAAUGUCAGCGUACAGGAUUGAUUGUUCAGAGGAAGUUUAUGAAUACGGUGAUACACACAUGAACAUAUAUGCACACAAAACAUUGAACUAUAGUGUGUGAGUAGCAUGAGAAAGACAGGUAAUAACUUAUCAAAUCUAGUUGCUUACCCAUGGUAUUAGAUUUUUUGAAGGUUUAUUAAAAAUUAGGUCUUUUUUGAAGGGCUUCUGUCAUAAUCUAUGAAAGAGAAGAAAUACUCAUUGAAAUUUUAUCAUGGUAGUAAUUUUUACUAACAUCCUAAUAAACAUCUGGGUUUGUUCCCCAUUUUCUUAAUCUUUUUAAUUUGUAUUUUACUUAAUGGAAUGUUUUAUUUAAGCAGUUUGGUAAAAUAGAUAAAUUAUAGAUACAAAGUCCAAAGGAAGCCAGUUCAGCAGCACAAGGCACUGCCCUCUUCUGCGCAGUGGUGCUGGGAGAGCUGUCACCCGCAGGGUCUGAGACCUCCAGUAGCUGUCCGCCGUCUCUUCAGAAGGAAAGAGAGGAGACGGAUGAUUCUAGGGCACUCAGGUCCCUCCCAGAUGUUGUCCACAUCAGGCUAUACGCUUAUCACUCCAGGAUGCGGGUGACGGAAAACACCCUUGGGUUGUUCUCUAAAUGCUCAUUUUUAGUUUUUAAUAAUUGAUUUAUCUGGGAAAAGGGAACUUCAGCUUUUCUACUUUGCGCCAAACCAAUGGAGGGAAAAUUAACUUCGGUGGAUUUGAAGUGUUGCUCUGUUACCUUGUACGUGUGGGUUGCUGUCUUGUGCCUUAAAGUAUGAAGGUGUUUUUAAGCUUCAGAUUAAAACAGAAGCCUGUAUCUAUAUUUACCACAAGUUAUAUUCUGUACUAUGAGAAUUCCUUUUACAGAUAUUCUUUAUCAAGGAGGCAGCCCUUUUUCGAGAACCUAAGCCAAAUGCAGAUCUGUGUGUAUAGCUUUGCAUUUAUUCUGUGGAUGCUACAUUAACUCCAAUUCUAGCUACAUCACCCACUGCAAAUGGAGAACAGCAGAGGGGUUUUAAAUUAUAGAAUGUCCUUUUUGUUCAACUAAUUUUAUAUGGCAAUGCAUGUAUUUAUUCAAUAAAAUUUUAUGUUAGCUCA